ACACUCCUGGUCCAAACAGACGACAGUAAAGUUGAAGGGCCAAAGGGACAAAGACAAAGUACACACUAUGUACAUAUAUUAUGGGCAAGAAUCCUAUUGAUGUUGUCACGUGACCACAGUUGAUGUUGCGGCUGCAGCGGGCAGGCGGAGAGUAAGAACCUUGUUGUGGAUUAUAAUCUCUAAUCUGUUCUUUUUGAAUAUGCCCAACGCCGGUCUGUCGUAAUUUGCCAUUUGUGGCGGGCGAUAUGGCGGCAAAGACUGGCGAGGGGAGGAGCGAUGGCCAGGAACAGAAAGAGUGGUCAUUGUGCGGCGCCAGCGGGAAGCGUGGGGAUGACCCCCUAAAAGAAGCGGCUUUCUUCACGGCCAAGGAGCCUCCUCGCCAACCAGAUUAUGAAGAUUUGACGCAUCUGCCGGCAGACGAAAGACGGUGGCUGCGCGUCAAAAGCCGGGAUUAGUCGGUUCCGGCCUGGACCAUGAGGCUGGAGCGCGGACGGCGGGCUUCGCUGGCGCUCACCCUCAACUUUAUGGCGUUUGCGUUCGCCCUGUCGGCGGUGUGCACCAGCUACUGGUGCGAGGGCACCAGGAAGGUGGCCAAGCCCUUCUGCACGGGGCCGCCCGUCCAGGUCAAGCAGUUCUUCUGCAUCCGCUUCAACAGCUCCAACAUCAACGACAGCCGCCUGGUGCAGUACAUCUUCGAGACCGGCGAGGAGAAGUUCCUGCUCAAGAAGUUCCACACCGGGAUCUUCUUCUCCUGCGAGCAGGCCGCAGACAUGAACGGCUUCGACUGUCGAGAUUUCUCGGAGAUCGCACCUGAACACGAGCGAGGUGUGCUGUGGCUCUGCAUCGUGGCCGAGACCUUGUACCUGGCCCUGCUGUUUGCGGGCGGCGCCCUCAUGAUCCUGGAACAGUGCCCCUGCUUCAGCGUCAUGAACAAACUGAAGCUGAGUGCCUUCGCCGCCAUGUGCACCGCGCUGUCAGGCCUUUGUGGGAUGGUGGCCCACAUGAUGUUCACCACCAUCUUCCAGCUGGCCGUGGCCAUGGGUCCAGAAGACUGGAGACCCAAAACCUGGGACUACAGCUGGUCUUACGCCCUAGCGUGGGGGUCUUUCGGCACCUGCAUGGGCUCGGCGGUCACGGCGCUGAACCGCUACACCAAGACCAUCAUCGAGUUCAAGUUCAAGAGGCGGAACAUCGAGAAGAGCCUGCUGAUCAAGCAGAAGCUGAUGGAGCUGGACCUCCCCGAUCACAUGUGGUACGUGACGGCCGACGCCGAGGCCCCGCUGGAGCUGCCCCCCGCCAACGGGCACAAGCCACCCACGGGGACCGCCUACGUUUUGGAAAUGGACCACGCCGCCGAGCCGCAAGGAGAGGCGUAUUGCUAAAAAUAGAAGGGUGACCUUUGACUCUGUGGUCCACUGCAACACAUCCUGGACCCAUUUCCCUCCACCCACUCGACUGUGGGAUUGAAAAAUCUAAUAACGGAAUUUUUUUUAUGUGUGUGUGUGUGUGGUGGAAAUAAUGUAACACGCUCGGCUUUGACACAACAUGCAUCUCAUCAAAUCUUCCACGUGGUCAUGUGAUAUGCUAAGCGGCGUUUUGACACUAAGCUGCUUCUUUGACCACGUGACCUUUGACACUUAGCCGCGUGGACGUAUGGACGAGCAGGGAGUCAUGUGACUGGACAUGUCGUUUCUGCUGACACACAGAGGACAACAUGGUGCCUCUUAUAUUAUUACAUUGUGUGUGGGUGUGUGUGUGUGUGUGUGUGUGUGUGUGUGUCUUCUGUUUAUGCUAACACUGAAGCUCAAACAGAAGGGAUCAGCGCCUCAACACAUGAUAAUAUUGUGACAUAUUGGUCUUGAAAGGAUUAUUCAAGUAACCUGUAAGUGUGGGGAUGUAACGAUUAACGCUAAUCAUGAUAAUAUCAAAUUAAAAGAAUCGAAAAACCGCAA